AUGAAUACUCUGGCCCAUGCCUUGAAUGCUGCGUAUUCCUCCAUAUCCAAGAGGAGAAGAAAAGAGGGACUCGGGACUCAAAGGCUGCAGCCAUGGCAGUUCCAUCCAUUUCUGAAGAAGAACGAAUUUCGCAAUCUUUCCUACUUGAAACUGUACUUGGACCAAAAUGGGGAUGUGACAGCAGAUUUGAACAUCGUAAGCUUGAUAGUUCAGUCCAGGGAGGAUCCCAUUAUAAAGCAAGUGGGGAGUUUUGAAAGACAGAGACUUAUUAUCAAUCCAGAUGCUCUUUCACAGCUAAGGUUGCUCAAUAAGUCUUUGCCUCGGUCCAAAUGUGUGGAAAAUUGUCAUCCUGGAUUUUUCAAGCAAGCUCGAAAAGGAGAGCCAGUAUGCUGCUAUGACUGUAUUCAUUGUCCAGAAGGGACCAUCUCCACUCAGGAAGAAGACAUCAUUUCUGUCAAAGGCCGGAGAAGAUGCACUCAGAAAUCUCCACUGAAGACCAAAGUGGAAAGAAAUUGGCUCUUGUACCGACAUAACUACCAUGUUUAUGCUUUGAUUAAUACUCUGGCCCAUGCCUUGAAUGCUGCAUAUUCCUCCAUAUCCAAGAGGAGAAGAAAAGAGGGAGAAGAGAGGCUGGGGACUCAAAGGCUGCAGCCAUGGCAGUUCCAUCCAUUUCUGAAGAAGAACGAUUUUUGCAAUCUUUCCCACGUGAAACUGUACUUGGACCAAAAUGGGGAUGUGACAGCAGAUUUGAACCUCGUAAGCUUGAUAGUUCUGUCCAGGGAGGAUCCCGUUAUAAAACAAGUGGGGAGUUUUGAAAGACAGAGACUUAUUAUCAAUCCAGAUGCUCUUUCACAGCUAAGGUUGCUCAAUAAGGUGGGUGAAACAUUGGUGUCUUUUCUCUGUUUUCCAAACCCUUGAGAGACUUUUCAAGUGGCUAAGCCUAUGCACCAAUACAGUGAAAAUUGAAUGUGGGGAAUAGAACCCUUAUAAUUUUCUUAAAAGGCUUGGGACACUUCAGUACAAUUGGCAAGGUAUCUUUCGGAUGCUGUAAUAUAGAACACUGUUUCAAAUUGAUUCAGCCGUGUCCUAUGAGGGUUGCUAGGUGAUAAUGCUUUAAGAUGUAUGGCUAUUGUUUUUUUUU